AUGCGUAUUAAUAAGGAUACGCGAGUGAUUUGUCAAGGUUUUACUGGGAAACAGGGUACAUUCCAUUCACAACAAGCCAUUGAAUAUGGAACAAACUUAGUUGGAGGUGUUUCACCCAAGAAAGGAGGUACAACUCAUUUAGGGUUACCUGUGUUUAACACCGUAGCUGAAGCAGCUCACGAAUUAAAACCAGAUGCAUCUGUAAUUUAUGUUCCUCCUCCUUUUGCUGCUUCUGCUAUUAUAGAAGCCAUCCAAGCUGAAAUUCCACUAGUAGUUACUAUUACGGAGGGCAUUCCGCAGCAUGAUAUGGUUAGGGUUGUGAAAAUAUUGAAAUCUCAAAAUAAGACACGUCUUAUAGGACCGAAUUGUCCCGGUAUAAUCGCGCCAGGUGCUUGUAAAAUUGGAAUUAUGCCUGGUCAUAUACACAAAGUAGGAAAAGUUGGCAUAGUGUCUCGAUCCGGAACUCUAACUUAUGAGGCAGUUGGCCAAACCACACAAGUAAACCUUGGGCAGUCGUUAUGCGUCGGUAUUGGUGGAGAUCCAUUUAAUGGCACUAACUUUAUAGAUUGUUUGAAAGUGUUUUUGGAUGACGAAAACACGAAAGCUGAAGAGGAGGCUGCAGAAUUCCUUAAGGAGCACAAUUUAACACGAAGCCAACCAAAACCAGUUGUAUCCUUUAUUGCUGGUUUAACUGCACCACCUGGUCGUCGUAUGGGUCACGCAGGUGCUAUUAUAGCUGGUGGAAAAGGUACCGCAAGCGAUAAAAUUAAAGCUUUAGAGAACGCGGGUGUAGUUGUAUCUAGGAGUCCAGCAAAGCUAGGUAUUACUUUGAGAGAAGAAAUGGAAAAGACAGGCUUGGCCUAA